AUGUCAAUACAGCCGCUUCCGGGGAACGUCGCUGCACAGAUCCGGUCUUCGUCAACCAUUACAUCGCUGAACGGCACAGUAUGCGGCCUGCUUCAGAACUCGCUAGACGCAGGGGCAUCCAGAAUCAACAUCUCUGUUGAUUAUAGCCGCGGAAACUGCUCAGUUGAAGACAACGGGCUUGGCAUUGCUCCGGCAAGUUUCCGGGAUGAUGGGGGAUUGGGCAGGCUUCACUACACCUCCAAGUAUCCGCCUCGGCAUGAAUGUCAUGGAAAACGUGGAGAGUUCCUGGCUUGCUUAGCAGCACUCUCAUUGCUUUCCAUCGCAUCACACCACCGUGACUACCGGACCCACAACUCUCUUACCAUCCACAACUCCAGGGUAGUCGCACGCUGUCUCCCAGCGCCGCCCGAGCAACGUGUGUUGGCCUCCACGAGCGGAACUCGGGUUGUUGUCCGGGAUUUGUUUGGCUCCAUGCCUGUACGUGUGAAGCAAAGGGCUACCGAAGUGGAUCGCUUUGGGACGGCCCGAGAGUUCGAACAAUUGAUCUUCAACAUUGUUGCUCUUCUCCUCCCCUGGCCAGGCGAAGUGGUAGUCUCCGUUCGGGACUCGUACGCGCGAAGGACCUUGUUCCUCUCGGUAUCCGGAGCUGUGGAUCGGAGUCGGAGCUAUCAAGACAUCGCUCCUAUCUUCCUCUCACGGGUGAGCACACUGCUUCCUCAGGCUUCUAUUGUGGAGAAUGAGGAUAUGGAAUCCUGGGUGCCGAUUGGGGCCACGGCUACUCGCGUUUCGGUCAGGGGUUGUGUAUCCCUACGGCCUGCUGCCACCAAGCGCGUGCAAUUCAUUGCGAUUGGGAUUCAGCCCUUGCUGAAUGAACACCACUCUAAUCUGUUAUACGAAGACGUCAACCGCGUCUUUGAAAACUCCAGCUUUGGCAUCGUUGAAGAAGCCAGUCUCGACCCGGACGACAGGCCACCCAAAACCCAAGGGCUCACUGGCACAGAGCUGAAACCCAGGAGGGGCAUCGAUCGAUGGCCAAUGUUCUUCCUUCAGAUCAUCCUGAGUACAAGAACGGACUCGAUUGAUCUUGAAGAGGUCCUCGACCAGAGGCAGCAAACUGUGGCGAUCAUCACAGAUCUUCUUCAGGUCAUGGUAUACGAGUUCCUAAAGAAGCAUCAUUUACGACCAAGAUCCGUCACGGCUGUAGAGCGACUCAGAAAGCCAAAGAGCAGUUUGCCAACUCCUCCUUCCCAAUCACUAGGCGUCUCGGGACCUUCAACGGGUGGAUCAGGUGCGACUGUCAAACGGUCUCGGUCCAGGCAAGACCUUUCCGAACCGACCUCUUUGCCGAACUCCAGAGGCCAUGCUUCCGGAAAACGAUCAGCCUCCCCCUUCGCUUCUUGGUCCAGAACAAAGUCAAGCCUACAACAAGAUCGGGGAACGAAGGACAAGCUGCUCUUCCCUGCUAUACCCCAACAAACAGGCCGCUUCUCUUUGACGUCAGACAUGAGUUCAAGGACUGUACAUCCGCUGUUUGACAAGUCUGGAGGUCUCUUGCGGAAGCCGUUUGACGAUAUGGACGAUGUACCGGCUACCUGUGAAAACGAGAUACCAGACAACCCAACCCGUGCCGCAGAACCUCCGGCGGAGAAGGAGAGCGUGAGAGAGACAGUCGUAUGGGUCGACCCUAAUACCAAGAUUAAGUCGCUGAUCGACCCACGAACAGGGGUUGCAGUCAAACCUCGCACCGGCGACGAGGAUCAACCCAUCACUAAGGCAACGAGGCACCAAGGACCUUCAAAUGUCUCUCAACUGCAUCAAUGGAGACCGAAUGUUGGUGGCGAGAAGACAAUGAUAUUCCAAGCGACGGAAGCGCGGAUUCCCCAAACCCUUCCAGCAUCGGACACUUUCUGCUGUGACCACGGCAGCAUAAACCUCGAGUUUCAGGGCAUAGGAGGUCCUGCAAUACAGUCUUCCGGCAACAACCUGUUAGCGACACUCGAAGGCCGAAUCUCCAAGAAGGCUCUGCAGAAAGCCGAGAUUGUGGCUCAGGUAGACAAGAAGUUCAUCUUGGCCAGGGUCGCUGCGGAGCUUCCUCUGGGUUCAACCAAGCAUGUCACCGAGACUGACUGCAUGCUCAUUCUCAUCGACCAGCAUGCGGCUGAUGAGAGAUGCAAGGUUGAGAGUCUGCUGCAGGCCUAUUUCGGCCCGGACACGGCGGGAGGCGGGCAAUUGGUUGCGCAGACCCAGAUUCUCGAUAAGCCUCUCCGCUUUGACCUCUCAAGGCAGGACGGCGAGCUUCUUACCCGCUUCAGGCGGCAUUUCGCGCACUGGGGUAUCACAUACGAGUUCCCCAAGUUACAAGAACCGGGCUUCCAGACAGGCGUGAUGGUGGAAAUUCAGGGAUUACCUCCUAGUAUCCUCGAAAGGUGUCGCCUCGAACCACGGCUACUCAUCAACCUGCUCCGGAAAGAGAUCUGGAAGCUGCACGCCGCGGGAAGUAGCGGCGCUAUGAGCUCACUGCGCGUCGAUACCGGGGAGAGCUGGGUCGCGAGGUUCCAUGAUUGCCCGGAGGGCAUCUUGGAAUUGAUCAACUCCAGAGCCUGUAGGAGUGCAAUCAUGUUCAACGACCCGUUGACAACCCAACAGUGCUCGGAUCUCGUUCAGCGCCUGGCCUCUUGUGCAUUUCCGUUCCAGUGUGCUCAUGGGCGACCGUCUAUGGUACCGUUAGUGCAUCUUGGUCAGGGGAGCACACUCAUGCGGAGGGCCAUGGAACGGGAGGGUACCGAUGCCACCGGAGAUUUGCUGGGGGCGCUGAAGAGAUGGAAACGGGAAUCAAGAUAA